GUGUGUUCUCCACACUUACUCGAUUCUCUACUCAACAAAACAAAACAUAAACAAAAAAAAAAACACAAAGAGAUAUCGUCAAAACAUGGAUCAAUUAGGUCAUAACACGAACAUGGACAUAGAGAAGGAAUCAACAACCUUCGACUACUCAAAACGUUCUCAAUGGCUACGCGCCGCCGUGCUCGGAGCUAACGACGGUCUUGUCUCCACCGCGUCGUUGAUGAUGGGAGUCGGCGCCGUGAAGCAUGACGUCAAGGCCAUGAUUCUAUCCGGAUUCGCCGGAAUGGUCGCCGGAGCUUGUAGUAUGGCUAUCGGAGAGUUUGUCUCCGUUUACUCUCAGUACGACAUAGAGUUGGCUCAGAUGGAGAGAGACAAUGGAGAGAUAGAGAAAGAGAAGCUUCCUAGUCCGAUACAAGCGGCGGCUGCGUCCGCACUUGCGUUUUCCGCGGGUGCGAUUGUGCCGCUUUUGGCGGCUGCGUUUGUGAAGGAGUAUAAAAUGAGGAUCGUUGCGGUUGUGGUGGCGGUUACGGUGGCGCUUAUGGUUUUUGGGUGGUUAGGAGCAGCACUUGGGAAGGCACCAGCGGUUAGGUCAUCGGCUAGGGUUUUGUUUGGAGGUUGGUUAGCUAUGGCGGUUACGUUCGGGUUGACUAAGCUUAUUGGGUUGCAUGGACUCUAAAUUGUUGUUUUGUGAUAAAAUCUUUGAUAUAAGAUUUUAAAGGUAAGGAUUGUUAAUCCUGUAACGGAUUUUAGUUCGAAACUCGUGAAACUUACUUGUAUGUUUUAAACAAAUCUAAACUCUUCUACUUUAAAAUGAUCUUCAUAGGUAAUCAGAUUAUGAAAAUUAAGUGGUCAUAUGUUUCAAUUUUAUUAAAGAUGUAAUUUUGAAGAUUUGGUGACAAUAUUGAGAAGCUUGUUUGUUUGACGGUGGAUAUCGUAAA